AUGCUCAACUGUACCAAGUGCAUGCAGCCGAUUGGCGCUGUGGAGCCGGUGCUGGCGUUGAACAGGCGUUGGCAUCCAGGCUGUUUCGUGUGCGAGGAAUGUGGCUGCAAUCUUGUGGAUAAGCCCUUUACUUCCAAAUUAAAUGCGCCCUACUGUGAGACCUGCUUCGCUGCCAAGCACCGCCCCGUAUGUGAGAAAUGCUCAGAGCCCAUCGACAGUGACCAGAAGUACGCGGUGAUCGGUGGAAAGCCUCACCACGCCACCUGUUUCAUCUGUGAAGUCUGCCAGAAGUCCCUCUACGGUGGCAAAUACGCUAGCAAAAACGGCCGCAUUACGUGCCUUGCCCAUCGCUAA